AUAAUUGGGUCAGAAAAAAUGCGCUGAUUUACGUUUCCUAUAUAAACUGAGUAAACUUUGACGCCGAGUCAUUACCGUUAUAUCAAUUGAAAUGUCAAGAUCACAUUUCAUACCGUUUGUCCUAUUAUUAAUGUUCACUGAACAUGACGCGGCGAGAAUUCUGGCAAUAUUCCCCACUCCAUCGAUCAGCCAUCAAGUUGUAUUCAGACCACUAACACAGGAGCUGGCUCGACGCGGCCAUGAAGUUACCGUCAUCACGCCUGAUCCAGUGUUCACGAAAGAAAAUUCUCCAGCAAAUUUGACGGAAAUAGACCUUCACGAUAUUUCUUAUAAAGUCUGGAGGGAAAAAUUAGUGAGUGAUGACACAAGUUUUGGAGAAAAGGAUGGUUUAUACAAACAGGUUAAGGUUGUAGGAAGUUUGCUGGGAGAAGUUUCGGAAAUUCAGUGGAAAACUCAGGAAGUCCAGAAAAUACUUAAAAAGGAAAAAGACGCAUACGAUUUGUUAAUAAUAGAAGAAUGUGUGGAACCUUAUUUAGUUUUUUCUCAUUUAUUCAAAGCACCAGUGAUUGCUAUUAGUUCUAUGGGUAUGAUGAUGAAUGCUCCUCAAAUUUUUGGAGUACCAGGACAUAUUUUCUUAUAUCCAACAAUGGUAAAUCAAAGAGUAUAUAAUUUAACGUUCUGGGAAAAACUUGAAGAAUUGUAUAAAAAUUAUAAGUUAACGAGCGAUUGGAAAGAUUUGCAAUUUGAGCAAUUAAAAAGAUUUAAGGAUGUCCUAGGAUUUGAAAUGCCGCAUUAUAGUGAACUGUAUAAAAAUAUUGAUAUGUUGUUUUUGAAUAUACAUCCUCUGUGGACUAAUAAUCAACCGUUACCUCCCAAUAUCAUUUCUAUUUGGGGUAUUUAUAAGAAACCAGAAAGGGCACUUCCACAAGAUUUACAAUCAUAUUUAGAUUCAUCAAAGAACGGAGUUAUAUAUUUAAGUUUCGGAAGUAAUGUCCCUUCCUCGAUGUUACCACAAGAAACAAUUCAAAUAUUUAUCAAGGUGUUUUCGAAGUUACCUUACGAUGUGUUAUGGAAAUGGGAGAAAGAUGAAUUACCUGGGAAAUCGGACAACAUUCGAAUAUCUAAAUGGUUGCCACAAUCGGAUUUAUUGAGACAUCCAAAGAUAAAAUUGUUCAUAACACAAGGAGGUCUGCAAUCUACGGACGAAGCUAUAAACGCGGGAGUACCGCUUGUUGGUAUACCGAUGCUUGGAGACCAAUGGUAUAAUGUAGAUUAUUAUAUGUACCAUAGAAUUGGAGUUAGACUAGACUUUGACGCACUAUCUGAGAACGCACUUGAUAAAGCAAUCAAAACUGUCAUAAAUGAUAAAAGGUAA